AAAUUUCCACGCGCUACUGUACGACGUCAUAGGAGCCUAGGUAGCCCUCCAUAUAUAUAACUCCAUGCUAUCACGUUUUUACUUGCCAAAGAUGAACAAAAAUCGAAAUCUGCUCCCCAAUAGUGAAGGAGAGAUGGUGUUCUCCCAACACUAUCUCUCGUUGUAAUCAAAAACAAGUAUCUGAGAAAGACAGAUUCCUCCCAAUUUUCCAUCUUUCUCAGUGACACUCUCUCGGGAAACGCCGGGUUUACGGCGAGCGUUCCAGUAUCACUAUAUUUCAGUGUAAUCAGUUGACAGAUAGGAUUUAACAUGGCCGAAAAUGUACUGGGGUCCGAGAUCGGCUUUCAGGAUUAUCACGCUACCGAAGCAAUUCAUUUAGAUAUUGAAGAGCUAGAUGAUGCUGAAUAUGCCAUCCCGGCGGUGGAGGAGCCACCCUCCUUAGAGAGUAUUUUGACGGAACUAGAUUCUGGUUCACUAUCUGGAACAGAAGAUGAGUUUGUAACACCAGCAGAAAAACUGGGAGGUAGCGAGACAGCCAGCGUAGGGAGCUUAUUAUCUCUAAAUUCUGUCAGUAAACCAUUUAGACCAUCUCAAUCACAAUCGUCGAGUGCUAUAUUGAGGCACGUUAUACUGAAGGGAAUAUCUUCACAAAUUUCAUCAGCCAGCGAAAGGAUAAAUGCUGGUUUAGCAAGCGCCAUGGCUGCUGGUGGUAACAUGUUAGUCAUAGGCACCAGUCACGGUUUGAUUCUGGGCUUUGAUUCUAAUCAAACCUUACGUUGGUGCGACCAAGAAGCUAGGCACCAAGGCUCCGUUUCAGCUUUAUGCUUCAAUCACGAUGGUUCGAGACUAUUAGCAGGCUUUGCAAGAGGACACAUACUAAUGCUAGAAAGCUCUAGUGGAAAAGUUUUAAGGACACUCACUGACGUACAUCCUCCUGGGACUGCAGUGUUACAUGUGAAAUUCACAGACUCACCAAAACUGGCUUUGUGCAGUGACAGUGGGGGUUCUGUAUUUGAAUUAAAUUUUACUCGCGUUAUGGGAGUUAGAGGCUGCGACAGCAAAUGUCUCUUUAGCGGUUCAAGGGGCGAAGUUUGUACAUUGGAACCCCUUCUAUUGAACCAACUCCCGACACAUUCGCUGAAGAAUUAUACGCUGGUCGCAAUGGCUACUUUAUCAAAGGUAAUAGUUGUUUCUAUAAGACCACGGAUGCGGGUGGUUCUCACGCAUGCCUUAGGCGGGACAGCCAUUGCUCCGCCACAAGUAUCGUGGCAGCUAGUUGUCAUACAAGCCGCAGAUUCGACCCGUGUCGUUGAUCCUGUGUUGGCCUUAGCUCGAGAUGAUGCCGUACACUUCUAUCAGGUUUGCACGGAACGAAAUUCUAGGAUACGUCUUUCACCAUUGCAACGUGUUACUGUUUCCUAUAUGAUCAGCAAUUUAAGAUGGCUAAACGCAAGGUCCCUGGCACUGCUUGAUACGCAGGAAAAAUUGCAUUUGCUUGAUGUCAGAUUGCAAGACGAAUUGGAAACUCUGGACUUGAGUAGAGUGGGAAUUUCCUAUGCAUCCAGUCAUUUCAAAGGACUGUCUACUGGUGGCAAUGUCUCAAAGGCAAUGGCGUUGGCGGGUGAAAGAGCUUGUUAUAAUACAGUAAUCGCUUUUGGCAGUCAACUGCUACUACUCGGAACCAAAAGCCUUCACGCAGUUUGCAUAAGAACCUGGACUGAACGUUUACGCCACUUAACACUGCAACGGCGUUUCCCAGAAGCCCUUGCCUUGGGGCUUUCUUUUUAUCAGGACAAAGGACAAGCUGUCGUAGGUUUGUGUGGUUCCAAGCAACGCCGUAAGCAGAUUGCCCGUGACAAGGUCUGUGAUGUUUUAAUUCAGUACAUGGAUGACUUAAAUCACUGCUCCGUCGAGAACUGCGCAGAAGUGGUGGAAAGCUGCGUGAAUUUCUGCAUACAAUUAGAAAAUACCGACUUAUUAUUUGGCAAACUGUGGGAACUUGUAUGCGAAACAGACGAAUUUAGAGGAAGCUAUUUACGAGCACUUGAGGGCCCACUGUUGAAUGGAAGUCUGGCUCCACGAUUACCGCCACUUAUCUCUCAACAGUUAGUGAGCUUGUAUGAACAAGAAGAACGAUUGGAUUCAUUACAGGCCAUCAUCGUCUUGCUUGACGUUGAUUGUUUGGACAUACAUCAAGUAACAAAAGUAUGUGGUCAACAAGGGCUCUGGGAAGCUCUGAUUUAUUUGCAGACAUCCGCUCUAAGUGAUUUUACAGCACCAAUUCACCAGCUCAUGCCAGUUCUCCAAAUGGCACUUGCCAAUGCCAGAACACAGAAGUUAUCACCGGAUAAAAUAAGAUUAGGCAAUGCCAUUUUAGUAUAUGCCAGUUGCUGCCUUGCAGGCCGUGGAUUUCCUAGAGGCAAUCUACCAGAAGGUGUAACUCAGAGAGCCAAAGCUGAUGUCUUGCGCGCUCUUUUGUCGCAGCAUUCAAGUUCAGCGAGUGACGCUGAAAGGCAGUACCCGUAUAUCAGAACCUUACUUGAAUUUGAUGCCAAAGGUUUUCUAGAUGUGAUAACGAUUGCAUUUCAAGAACCAGAAUUCAUGUCUGAAAUGGGUUUGCGGCAGCGUCAGAGAUUGAUUGACAUUUUACUGAACAUAGUUCUGCCCACCACACCUCUAAGUCCUGAUAAUUAUGAUUACUUGACUGAUGAACAAAGAGCAGUAGUUUUAAAUUUUAUAUCCAAUGAAGUGGCUGAAAGCUCGGUAACAUUAGAAGCCGGUGCGUUGAACAGGAUGGUAGAAAUGUUAUCGACUGGUACAAACAACAGUGAAGACAUGUCAAGAGACAUUGAAGUUGAAAAAGAAAAUGCAAUUCUGCAACUUUUACACUCAAAGAAGUUGACAAAUAUAUCUGAUAACUGCCUACUCAAUCUUGCACAUAAUGCUAACUUUUUGCGAGUUGCUGAAACCAUUUACUGCGGGCAAGAAGACUGGAUAUCAGUUUGCCGAUGCAUGCUGACAGACAAGUCACGUCGUUAUGAAGUAUGGGAAUGGCUGGACUGUUUGCCAUUAGACUCACUGCAAGCAGUUGUUACCGCACAUGCUGCUGAGUUGGUGACAGUUGAUGCAGCUCGAACAGCAGUGCUCAUAAGUAAUCGAAUGCCAAACAGUUUAGAUAACAUUCUUCAAAAAAUGAAUGAAGAUCCGAAGUUAGAGUACGCUUUGCUCGGAGCCUUGUAUCAAUUAAUUCAGUAUGGAGAAGAGGAUAUAAAAAUGGAAUUAACCACAGAAAUACUUGAAAAGUACUUGAAAUUAAUGUGUAAUUUAGAACCGGAGCGUGUUGUUCAACAUCUCUGUGGACCACACGGUUGUCGGUUGAACGAAGUUCUGAAAAUAGUCCAGGAUAUAAACCAUACAGAAGCUAUAGCUCUUAUGUUAGAAAAAUUAGGCAAUUAUCAAGAAGCAUUCGAUUUACUACUAGCGGAUCUUCAAAGUCUGUUUGAAAUGCACUGCGGUGGGGAUAUCAAGAGUAACAAGGCUAUUCAAGCAACUUCAGAAUUAGCAGCACUAUGCAGACGAGCUGCUGGCCAUCUGGACUGGAUGCCGCUAGUAGAAACAGUGUUACAUCCAUAUACCGAAAACAAUAUCCAAAAAGGUGAAUCGCUACAAGGCAAGUUGCUUCGAAUCGUGCUAGAGUCAUUGAGCGGCACCACAACCCUGUCCACAGUAUUAGAACAAAUUUUAAAACAUCCUCUAGCUACUGGUGGGACAAUUGGUGAUAUAAGAGAAUUAUUAACUGGCGUUUUGACACACUCUUGUUACGAUCAAACACUAGUCGAAGCAAGUGCAAGAUUAGUAAGCAUGGAACUGCAUGAAGCUCUUAAAAAAUCUCUCAGGGAUGCGGGCAAAGCGUUUCAAAAUGUGUGCUUAUAUUGCCCAGUGUGUCGGCGAGGACUUUCACAAUGCACAGAUUAUGCAGUAGUGUUUAGAUGUGGGCAUGGAUACCAUAUAUCUUGCAUAGGAGAUUCUAAAGUAUGCUACCAGUGCUUGCGGACUAAGGGCUGGGCACCAACAGUGACCAAUUCACUUCCAACAACUAAAAGACCACCGGAAAAACGGAAGAAUCAGCCACCAAGCCUUACGACGGACAGAGAUCUCAGACUACGGCUAGCGCCACAAAUUCUUCUUCCAGACUUUGAGGGAAUAUUUUAAUAUAGUCUCUCAAUUUUACACAUACACAAAAUAAAUAAAUAUGAGCUCCUCAGUUGAAAAAUUCACCAGCAUCCUGUAGUUGAGGUUACAUUAACGUAGAUGUCACGAAAAUGGUAAUUUAGAAUAGAGGCAAUUUUUUGCAGAAGUAAAAUGGAGUAAAUAAUUUAAAAAAAUGAAUUCGUUAAUUAUCAUUGAGAAUUUAUUGAAUACCUUACAAACAUAGCCACCAAAGUUUUAUACAAACCUACAUGGAAAAACGUUCUACAUUUUAAGGGGGGUGUCCCAUUUUUGUCCGCUGAAAUGAGUUUUUUUUCUAUUCUAAAAAAAAAUGAAACUACGCGAUCAAUUAUUUCUAAAUUUUCAGCAUACAUUAUUGAUAUAUAAGGGGUUAAAAAAAAGCAGCCAAUUAUUUUUAUAAAAAAUUUCGCCUGCUGUCUCACCUCGUCAUACAGGAUCUUUUCACUUCUGGUAGUCCGCAAAGAACCAAACAGGAUUUUAGUUCGUACUUACGUAGUUACUGUUCAAUGAACCAGUAUGAAUAAAAAAAUUUUUUACGAAACCGUUCACUUGCAAAACUCAAAUGGCCAUUAUGCUAAAUCAAUUUGACAAUAACUACACGCUGGAAAUUUUGAAGUAAUAAAUUGCAGUUUAAUUUUUUUUAUAUUACAAAAAAACAUCUCAUUUUAGCGGACACAAAUGGGACACCCCUCUUAACACAGAUAGGUUAUCUAUAUGCUAGAUAUAGCAUUAAGUGCAGAGAUUCAUUCGAACAUACCGUAGGUACUAACCAGAAUUGACGCUGAUUUCUUACUUUAUUCCUUAAUCACGUUAUUCUUCGUUAUUAUCAUCCACUCGUAAAAAUAAAACGGCAGAAGACCGCUUCUAUAAGUUCGUUUCUACAAGUGGUGGUCAAGUAAUUUAAAUUAAAUCAAAUCAAAAUGUUCGGAAUUGACAAUUGAGUGCAUGAGAAACAAACUUGUAGGAACGUCACUUGUAGAAACGAACUUGAAGACAUCGGCACUUGUAGAAAUGAACUUGUAAAAACGAUACCUUCUCCAUAAAACACAUAGGUGAAAUAUUUCAAUGGUCGUAUACACAAAAUAAUUUACUAUUGAAAAUUAUUUAAUUUCUAAGGGAAAACAAAUCUUGUACCAGUCAUUGUGUAUUUAUGUAUAGUGUAAAUUAUUGCAAUACUUACAUAUACUUUGUGUGUGAUAUAAUUAGAUAUCAUCACAUCAUUUCUUAGGAUAAGAAUUAUCGGCUAUAUCAAAUUGUCAUCAGUCAAAUAAAUCUAUUACAUAUAUGAAAUUGUACUGAUAUAUUUUCAUUUAAUUGAUACAUGUUAUGCAGGGAUUUCUUAUGUCAAUUUCAUCACACUUUUUUCCAUACAUUCUCACGAAUAUUAAUUACUAUUACAAGGAGUAUGUGCAAAUCAAUUAUUGGGAAACAAAAAAUGCUGCAUCAAAGGAAGCAUGGAUUAACAAAAGAACAGAUUAAUUAAGUAACCAAUGUUAACACAGUUAUUGCUACAAAGUAUUUUUGUAUUAUAACCCUGUACACAAUUUUAGGUAGGGAAUUAGUUGUAGGUAUAAAGCAGUGAUUAUCUGUGUUUAGUAUUGUCUUUCAUAUUCAAGCUGCACGCAAAUGAGACGAAGAAUUAAUAUACAUAGGUAUGUAUACUGCAGCACAUGUGUAGAAAAUACUGAUUGUUCUUAGCGAGUUAUUCAUCUCGAAAAUAUUUUUUCUUCCAAUGAGACUAACUUUACUUCAAACUUUACAAUAUCCGAAAAACGUACGAGAACACGGAUUGUGUAUAUUAACAGUGUGACAAAAAGUUACUCAUUCUUCAGUAAUUCGUGAAAAAUCAUACGCGACAAGGCAGUGCUGAAAUAUUCACACUUACUUCUUACUUUCGAAUUGUCACUAAAUGGUUGUCUUGGCAUUA